AUGGCAUCUUCCAUGAGGAGCUUGUUUUCUGACCACAGCAGAUAUAUUGAAUCUUUUCGGAGGUUUCUCGACAAUUCCACGGAGCACCAGUGCAUGCAGGAAUUCAUGGACAACAAGCUGCCAGACGUAAUAGCAAGGAUUGGAAAUACAAAAUCAGAAAUUAAGAUUCUAAGUGUUGGUGGAGGUGCAGGUGAAAUUGAUCUUCAAAUUCUCUCUAAAGUGCAAGCUCAAUACCCGGGAGCUCAUAUCAACAAUGAAGUCAUUGAACCAAGUGCUGAACAAAUCACCAAGUACAAAGAGCUUGUAGCCAAGACAUCAAACCUCGAGAACAUAAAGUUUGCUUGGCAUAAGGAGACAUCAUCUGAAUAUCAAAAUAGAAUGAUGGAGAAAAAAGAAGUUCAGAAGUGGGACUUUAUUCAUAUGAUUCAAAUGCUGUAUUAUGUAAAAGAUAUCCCAGCUACCUUGAAAUUCUUCCAUAGUCUCUUAGCUACCAAUGCUAAGAUUCUCAUUAUUCUCGUAUCAGGAACCAGUGGAUGGGACAAGCUAUGGAGAAAGUACGGAUCCCGCUUGCCACGGGAUGACCUCUGCCAGUAUGUAACAUCUUCUGACCUCACUCAGAUGCUGGAGAAGUCAGGAAUUAAGUAUGAAUGUUACAACCUUCUAUCCACCAUGGACAUAUCUGACUGUUUUAUUGAUGGCAAUGAAAAUGGAGACCUGCUAUGGGAUUUUUUGACAGAAACCUGCAACUUUAGUAGAACAGCACCACCUGAUCUCAAAGCAGAAAUUAUGAAAGACCUACAAGAACCUGAAUUCAGUGUAAAGAAAGAGGGAAAAGUUCUUUUUAAUAAUAGUCUGAGUUUCAUAGUGGUUGAGGCAUAAAUAUCAAUCCAUGAGGGUAUAUUCAAAAAUAUUUUGAACAGUGUUGAUCAUUCAUUUAUUUCUGUAUUAAAAUUAUAAACACAUAACAUAGAGCAUUGUCUCUUCUGUGUAAAAUCUAGAAAAUUCCAAGACAUUCUUCCUAGACAUACAUGUAGAAUUGUACAUGAUACUCUUGCUCUUAUCUGAUCCUUUCUCCAGGUAAAGAGACUACAGGAAGGCUAAAUACCACAUAACCUGGAAAAAGGAGAAAAUUAAGUUUCAUUGGCUUAUUGACAAUAAAAUCCUUUCUAUUUUCUGAUUGUACAGGAGUUUUAUAGAAUAUUUACGAAGUAUGUAGUAUGGAUUCUUUAAAUACCAGUAAAGUAUAUAUUUAUCAAUACUUUGAACACUAAGGAAAUAUAUAUUUGAUUUUUCCCCUUUUGUGAAGAAGUUUUUGUCUUUGUACACUCCUCUAGCAGUUUCUAUCUCAUUUUUAUUGAUUACUCAAAUUAAGCAUUUUUAGAAUAUUGCAAAAUUAACUCUUUAUCAUGUCUUCCAUUUCUUCUCAUUUUGUUUUCUCGCUAUUUAACUAUAAUAUUAUGGUGUUUUGUUUGUUUUUCAAUACAUUAAUAUUUUUCUAUUUUAUUCAGUCAAACUUAGUUUUUUUUCCUGGGUUUCUGACACAUUUUAAAAGGUUUCAAAAUAUCAAUAUAUUUUAUUAUAAUCAUUUUAUAGUAUCACUGUUUAAAAAAUAUAUUUUUGAUAUGUUUGAAAUUUACAUAAAGGUAAAAAGUGAGAUUGAGAACAAGCUGUUUUUCUUCAAAAAGAUAGUUAACUGUAUCAACAAAAUGGGGGGGGAAAACUUCACAUAUUUAAAAUGCAUCUUUUAUCAUUUACUAACUUUCUGAAG